AUGGCUUCUGGCCUGUCGUCAGCCCUCCCGCCGCCCUCCCCAACUCCUCCCCUUCUCGUCGAGCCACCCCCUGAGGACGACAACCCCGACGCCGAUAUCGAAAUCGACCUCGACUGUGCACUCGACCGCCCACUCUCGCGUUCCAGCGCCACCAGCAGCACCGCCAACUGGAAUGACAUAGGCGGCCUGCUGCCCUUCCGGAACAGCGCCGCCCUGCUCAGCCCCGACACGCCACGGAGCAUCCGCCGGCCAGCCAGCAGCAUGUCGACCGAAUCAGCCCUCUCCGAGAAUGGGCUCGUCCCAGCGGCCCCGGCCCCGGGGCCCUUCAACUUCCAGACUCAGUCCAUGUCCACCUCGCCCGUGAGGUCGAAUAUCGGCCAGCGUCGAGGUCACCGCUACAAGCACUCCUCCAUAAGCGCCCAGCACCAGAUCUUCCAGGAGCCACCACCGCGACCGCCGCCUGUCCUCCCCGCCUCCCUCCCCGUGCCCACUCUCAAGGAAGCCUGGGGCUCGAUGCACAAGGAGCAGCGAGCCCGGCUGUACUGGAGCCUGUGCCACGCCUGCGUGGCUGGGUACGUCUUCUUCAGCGCGGGCGGCUCACUCGCCAUGACGGCGCUAUCCCACCUGGUCUUCUUCGACGUCGGGUCCGCCGCCAUCUGCGUGUGCGUUGACGUGCUGGGCAACUUCGAGGUGUGGCGGCGCAGUUCCAUACGGCACCCAUUCGGCCUACAGCGCGUCGAGGUGCUAGCCGGCUUCGCCAUGAGCGUCUUCCUGGUUUUCGGCGGGUUCGACCUGCUGAGCCACAAUUUCAAGCACGUCCUCGAGAGCAUGGGUUCGCAUGCGCCGCAUCAUCCACACGGUCACAGCCAUGGCCACGGAGGGGGAGAGGGCGAGGGCGCCGUCAGCGCCGGCACCGUCGACCUGGCCACCCUCGCCGCAGUGCUGAGCACCCUGGUGUCGGCGUACGGGCUCAAGAACCACGCGCGCAUCCGCCGCGUCAUGCGGCCCAGCUACUUCUCGUCCUUCCUGCCCGAGAUCCUCGCCAACCCCUUCCACUCACUCACGCUCUUCUUCAGCUUCCUGAUGCUGCUGCUCCCCGCGCUGCCGGUAGGGUCAUUCGCCUGGCUGGACAAGCUCAUCUGCGUCGCCAUCGCCGUGUCCAUGUUCGUGCUCGGCAUGCGCCUUGCCGUGGCCCAGGGCCUGAUGCUGCUCAUGUCGUACAACGGCCGGCAACACAGGUCCACCAGCAGUGCCUCCUCUUCUGCAGCGGUAGCGACGACAACAGCCCUCGGUAUCGGCGGCGGGAAGAACAGCAACAGCGGCGGCAGCGACGCCGACGCGGUCGUGCGCGAGAUCGAGUCCGAGCCCAACGUCGCGCGCGUCGAGGAGGCCCAGUUCUGGCAGGUCCACUACGGCCUGUGCAUGGCCACGCUCAAGCUGUGCGUCGCGCGCGGCUGCGACGACGCUGCCCUCAGCCUGCUGCGCCAGCGUGUCGCCCGCAUCGUGCAGAACAGGCUGGGCGAGGGGUACGGCAAGGGAGGGGCGCUCCGGUGGGAGGUUACGCUGCAGACGAGUACGGACGCGGCGUGA